AUGGCUGCUUUCUCCUCUUGGUUGUUGGAUUCUGUUGAUACUAAAUUAGAUCUCAAUUCUGUGCCUCUCAGAUUCUCUGGUGAACCUCCGAAGGAGAGGAAUUAUAUGGAUGUCGAGAGGAAGGCUACUGUGAAAGAAGAGACUGGAGCUUUAAUGGAGGAAUUGAAGAGGGUUAGUGCAGAGAACAAGAAAUUGACUGAAAUGUUGACUGUUGUUUGUGAAAAUUACAACACUUUGAGAGGACAUUUGAUGGAACAAAUGAACAAAAAUGGAGAAAAAGAGAUUUCUUCUUCAAAGAAGAGGAAAUCAGAGAGUAGCAAUAACAAUAACAAUAUGGCUGGAAUGAAUGGGAAUUCUGAAAGUAGUUCAACUGAUGAAGAAUCUUACAAGAAACCAAAAGAAGAAACCAUUAGCAAAUCAGCUAAAAUCACUAGAGUUCAAGUCAAAAUUGGAGCUUCUGAUUCAAAUCUGGUUGUUAAAGAUGGAUAUCAAUGGAGGAAAUAUGGUCAAAAAGUCACUAGAGAUAAUCCUUGUCCUAGAGCUUAUUUCAAAUGCUCUUUUGCUCCUAGCUGCCCUGUUAAAAAGAAGGUUCAAAGAAGUGUUGAAGAUCAAUCAGUUCUUGUAGCCACAUAUGAAGGUGAACACAAUCAUCCACACCCAUCUCAGAUUGAGGCCACUUCCGGUGGCGCCGCCGCCCGUAGUGUCAACAUAGCUCCGGCAGUGGUUUCGGCAGCGCCGGGAUCCUCGUCGGCGCAGGCAGUUUCUCUGGACUUGGUGAAGGCGAAACCGAUCGCGAUUAUGGAAGCUAAAACUUUCGCGAACCCCAAAUUUGACUCACCAGAGUUGCAACAGUUUCUCGUCGAGCAGAUGGCCUCUUCAUUAACGAAAGAUCCCAAUUUCACGGCGGCGCUUGCGGCGGCGAUUUCGGGAAAGAUUUUCCCACAUUGA